GGCUGCUGUUGUCAACUUGUCGCUGUGUCGCUUUCAACGGAAUGAUUGUCAGAACUUCCUGAUCGCUUCUUGUUUGGUGUGAGGGAAGAGACAGACCGACAGACCUUCAUUCCCCUGAGCCAUGGACAUCGAGUGUGUCCGUCUUGGCGGCGGGAGCGCUUGCAGAUUCCAGAUUGAGGUAAACGCCACUGUAUUGGACUUGCUGCAUCGAGUGUCAGCCGAAGUGGGCGAACCUGUGGAAUGCAUUCAGCUGUGUUUUGGUGCUACAGUGCUGGAUGAUGCGCAAUCGACUGCUCACAUGUCGGACUAUGCCCUGCCAGAAAGUGAUUCGGAUACUGGCAGCACGGUGAGGGUGCUCCAUUUGAUGCUACGGCCUCCAAGACAUUGCCAAUGGCCAGCAACCGAUGCAUGGACUGGAUGCGGAGGUGAUCCACACGGACAUGCUCGGUGCUCAGGUAAUGGAAAUUGCUCGCCCGAAUGCACAUCCUGUGGGGCCCACACCCACUGGCGUUGCUGCGGCUCUUCUGACCCUAAAAGUGAGUUCUGCUUGCCAGGAACCUCCUCGAAGCAGGCCUCCUACAAUAACACGGUGUGUGCCCAGAAAUAUGACCCGAAAGUUGAGGGCCCAAGAUACGUUGAAGCUGGCAAGGAAGCACCUGCUUAGCACCUCCGUUCCGGGUAGACCGACAAAGGCUGCGACCAAGCCAAGCCGAGCAGCUGAGCACGUGC